UGGACUGGGACGUUCACGCCGGACAAGGAACACAAGAUUGUAUCAGGGAUGAUGAAAGAAUCCGGCUUAUCUCAAUACAUCGCUUUGAACAUGGACAUUUCUGGCCGAAUCUUCCACAAAGCGCCGUGCAGCAUAGAUUCAACGGCACCAUUAAUGUUCCUCUCGAUGAAGUGGGGAUGAGUGACUCGGACUAUUUGGCGAUCUUCCAACUCGUUGUUCAUCCCAUUAUCAACGACUUCAAACCGGAUAUCAUACUCGUUCGGGACCCAGAAGGUGAGAUGCGAUUGACGCCUGCGGGUUACGCUACCCUUACACGUCAGUUGAUGUCAUGGGGCAUACCGUUGGCCAUGAUUCUGGAGGGUGGCUACUUCUUGGACUCGAUUGCUGCCGAUUUUGAAUGGGUCAUGAGAGCACUGCAUGGCGAUGAGAUUCCAACUGUGAAAAUCGAGCCGUUGCAUCCAGAGCUCGUCCCGGUGAUCGACCGCGUUUUUCAAAAGCACGGCAUGGCCUACCCAACUUUGGCCUUACUCGACAAAAUCAGGGAGCUCCUAAAACCUCAUUCUAUUAAAGAUUUGGAUUCCGUGAAAGAAUAUCAAGGAACUCGAGACUUCCCUCAACCAUUCCCAACACGCGGUCUUUAUUCCAAAAGAAACAGUGCAACUGAAGCGGGGUUUAGCGAAGAGUUACGAAAAAUAAUCGAAGGAUACAAGGAACGGAAUUCCUAUAAGACCGUGCGAUAUGACAACGAGAUGGGUGCUGAUGGUCCGUUCACAUGUGUAGUCGGUGAUGAACAUGUCAUUCUUGCCAUUAGCAAGAACGCCGAACCUAUCAUCCAUCUACUGAUCUCUCAAAACAUAAACCCUCUACUGCCAUGUGUUUCUUUUCGACCAUUGCAAAUCUGUCCAGCUCUUUCACAAGUUGUCAAGCUUCUACGUGAUACGCGUUACAUUCCUCGUUUAUCGCCACUAUAUAUUACAUGUUUAUAA